GCCUUUUGUUCCAGCUCCAAGGGCCACUUCCGCUUCCUCUCAGUCGUCCCCUUUCCUGGGAGAACAAGGUUCUUCGGCGCUGGGCGAUGACGUCACCGCCGGCGCCUAGAAGGCGGAAGUAGCUGGAGGGGGAGGGGGAUGUCAACGGUCUCCUCUGCGCUGCCUUCCCCGCCUCGAGUCCCGGCGGCGACGGCACUGACGGGGUGGGUGGGGGGGCGGCGGAGGCGGGCGGCUCCCUCCCUCUCCCCCCUCCGGCCCCUGGCGGGUGACGCAGGGGGGGAGGGGGGUGUAACGGCCCUGGCGCGACACAGAGGGGCGGGGGAGGGGCCGGGAUGGCGGCGGCGGCGGGACCCGCAGGGGCGGGACCUGGACCCCAAGAGGAAGAAGAGGAGCACGAGGUCGUCCGCGUGCGGGUCAAGAAAUGCGAAGGCUUCUUGCAACCGGAGUUCCGCACUUUUGCCGUGGACCCUCAAAUCACCUCGCUGGACGUCUUGCAGCACAUCCUUAUUCGAGCCUUCGAUCUCAACGGGAAGAAGAACUUUGGCAUCAGCUAUCUGAGCCGCGAGAAGCAGGGCCAAGAAACGUACCUCUCGCUGGUGUCAGACUGGGACCUGGGCUUGGCCUUUGCCAGCGCCUCCAAGCCUUAUCUGCAGCUCAAGAUAGACCUCAGAGCUUCUGAGGACAGCCCCCUCUUGGAGGACUGGGACAUCAUCAGCCCCAAAGACAUCAUCAGCACCGACCUGCUUCUGGUGGAAAAACGGUCUCUGGCAGCAGCAGCUCUGCCCUUUACCCAGUCUCUGCUCUCCCAGGUUGGCAGGACGCUGUCCAAAGUCCAGCAGGCACUCAGCUGGUCUUACGGGGAGGACGUCAAGCCUUUCAAGCCCCCCUUGAGCGAUUCAGAGUUCCACACGUACCUGAACCACAAAGGCCAGUUGAUGAGGCCCGCCGAACUACGCCUGAGGAUCUUCCAUGGGGGAGUUGAGCCCUCGCUGCGCAAGGUGGUCUGGAGGUAUCUGCUGAACGUCUAUCCUGACGGGUUGACAGGGCAGGAGCGAAUAGAUUACAUGAAGAGGAAGACGCGGGAGUACGAACAGCUGAAGGGGGAGUGGAAAGUGCGGGCCGGCCCCGAGGACCUGGACUUCAUCCGCGGCAACGUGCUGAAGGACGUGCUGCGGACCGACCGCACUCACCCGUACUACGCGGGCUCCGACGACAACCCCCACCUGAGAGCCCUGCACGAGCUGCUGACCACCUACGCCGUGACGCACCCGCAGAUCUCCUAUUGCCAGGGCAUGAGUGACAUCGCUGCCCCCAUCCUGGCUGUGAUGGACAAUGAGGCCCACGCCUUCAUCUGCUUCUGCGGCAUCAUGAAGCGCUUGGAGGGCAACUUCCAGGUGGACGGGGAAGUCAUGUCGGUCAAGUUCUCCCACCUGAAGCUGCUCCUUCGCCAUUCGGACCCAGAGUUCUACUCCUACCUCCUCUCCCGCGGCGCUGACGACCUCUUCUUCUGCUACCGCUGGCUGCUGCUGGAGCUGAAGCGCGAGUUUGCCUUCGAGGAUGCCUUGCGCAUGCUGGAGGUUACCUGGAGCUCUUUUCCUCCUGACCCUCCGGAGAAGGAAGUGGAGUUGGUGGGCCCGCCGGCCAGGCCCGGAGACAGCGGCCAGCCAGUCCGCAGGAGGCACAUGUUGCGUCCGGCUUGCAGCUUCGAGGCGGCUGGGGACCAGCCUUGCCCGGGGGCCCUUUCUGACGAGAAGCUGUUAGUCAAACAGUCAAGCUUUGGAGAAUUCAAGUAUUACAGUGCUCGUAACGAGGACAGUUCGGAGGACGACCCCUCGCUGAAAUCUCAGCGCUCAGUAGAAGAGGAUGAAGACGGUAACAGUGAGCAGGACCCCUUGAUCCAGACACCCAACGUGGCCAAGUCCUUCUCCGCUCCCUCGCUUCGGGUCCCCACCCCACCCUCUCGAGACUCGGCUUCUUCUUCGACCAAUGGCAACGAGGACAGCCUGUCAGAAGAGAAGGGAGACUCGGUGGUGAACACCCCUUCUUCUCCUUCGUGCGGACCUGCUGCUGCCUCCCCCACCGCUGCUCUCAGCCUCCCCCCACCACAAGAAUUCGGCAAGGGCAACCCAUUUGUGCUCUUCCUGUGCCUGGCCAUCCUCCUGGAGCACCGGGACUACAUCAUCAAGAACAACAUGGACUACAACGAGUUGGCCAUGCACUUUGACCGCUUGGUCCGUCGGCACAACCUGAACAAGAUCCUGCACCGCGCCAAGGCCCUGUUUGCCAACUAUUUGCAGUCCGAAGUCUGGGACUCCGAGGAGGGCGAUGAGGCCGCGGCCGAGUCUCCCGCUGCAUCAUGACCCCUGCUCUCUUGCCAGGCGGGGACCGGUUCCCUGCUCCCCUUAGGUGCAAGGGUCGAUAUGGAAAGGUGAUCAAUGAGUAAUCCUGCUUGGCCUUAGUUCUUCAAGGUGAUCUCAAACGGCUAAGACAGAGGGUUCCACUCAAUACACCUUCCGUAUCCAACGUACUCUGGUUUUUAACUCUUUCUUUGUGCGUAUACCUUGCGUAGAGGCCCCCAACUAUCUUCUGUGCCUCCUACCCUACAAGUGAUCUUUUCAGGAAGGUCUGCCCUGGAGCAGCUGGGUUCUACCCCCUUCCUGUGCUUCCCAUACCUUCCUCCCUUAGUACAUUUAGAGCUCUCCUUAGAGUGUCUGUCACCGAGUAGCCCAGAUUGACUUCCAACCUGUCUGGAACCUGGUGCUUUCUGUUCAGGGCAGGUGUGUCCAAAGCGAUUUUUGUUGUGAUGCUGCCUCUUUGGUUGUGGCUUCGUUUUUUUCUACAGCGUGUCAGUUUGUGCUUAACCAAAUCCCUGUAUUUAUUUCCCACCUUGAAAAAAAAGGCCUUUUAUGCUAAGUUCUUCCAUUUUGACUUCCUUUUGUUUUUUGAAAAAAGCACUUUACUUCCUUGAGAAUUUCUUUCCUCCUCUUAUGAUUACUGCCUUUCUAUUUUAUCUUGAAAUCACUUUAAAAAAAAGAAUCCAUACAGGGGGGUAAAAACCACGAGGGGUGUUUCAGAGCGGGCGGCCAACCUUCUUCUGAGUGUUCAAAAUCAGUCAGUUUUUAACCUUAUCAGUUCUGUUUUGUUUUUAACCCGGACCAUCUUGUAAGUCUUUUUGUACACAGGAAGUGAGCCGUUGAGUCAAGGGGUGGGUGGGGAGAGGAAACAGGGUCUUGGUGCUUUCAUAAACCAGCUUUUGAGGAAAGAA